AUGCCUGGCCGAGUCGCUCGCUCGACGUCUGCGGCAACGCGCCGGUCUUCAGCCCAGCCCUCUGCCUCAGGCCGAGCUCCAUCCGUGACUCCUUCUGCCGCGAUUCCCGAUGAACCAGCGAUUCCAACAUCAUCAGCCACACUGCGCCGCGAUGUGUGCUCUAUAUUUGCCGAUGCCCAACGCUCGACUACGGGCCAUCGGAAACUGAUGGUGCGCCUGCGCAAGCUACAGGAGAUCAGUUGCGGAAUCCCCCACCACAAGAACAAUAAGAAGGGCCAGUCUCAAGAGCAGGACGAGGCUCCGAGUCCAAGCGAAGAAACCCUUGCCGAGAAGGAGUUUAAUGUGGAGGUUGGUCGCUGCAUGCUGCGAAUUCUUCCAAUUAAGAAGACCGAACCGGUCGGGGACCGCAUCCUGCGCUUCAUGGGCACGUUCCUCGUCCACGCGUCUGAGAAAGACGCGGAGAUGUUUGCCACAUCCGACAACGACGACCAUACGACACCCACUGUGCGUCUUACAAGUAACCUGGUCAACCUGAUGGUGCCUCUACAGUCGGCCAAGGAUAAGAUGGUGCGGUUCCGCGCGACGCAGAUCAUCACGCAUAUUGUCAAUUCGCUCGAAACAAUAGAUGACGAGCUUUAUCACACGAUUCGGCAGGGCCUGCUGAAGCGGAUCCGGGACAAGGAAUCAUCGGUGCGGGUGCAGGCUGUUAUGGGUCUGGGCCGCCUGGCCGGCAACGAUGAAGACGAGGAAGGGUAUGAGGACAAUUCAUCGGCACUUCUCGACAAACUGAUCGAGAUAAUGGGGAACGACACCAGUGCCGACGUUCGAAAGACUCUUCUGACAAACCUCCCGCUCGCCCCCGUUACCCUGCCCUACCUUCUCGAACGGGCUCGCGAUCUCGACGCGCCCACUCGGCGCGCCCUGUAUUCCCGACUUUUGCCCACUUUGGGUGAUUUCCGCCACCUGUCCCUAGGUAUGAGAGAAAAGCUCCUCCGCUGGGGCUUGCGUGACCGAGAUGAGAGUGUCCGGAAGGCCACGGGCAAGCUGUUCUACGAUCGCUGGGUGGAAGAUUGCGCCGGUACCAAUGCAGGCGUGGAGAAGGGAUCGACGGGCCAGCGGUCGGAGCCGAAUAUCAACGCCCUUUUGGAGCUGCUGGAAAGGAUCGAUGUAGUCAAUUCUGGAAUGGAAAGCGGCAUUGCCCACGAGGCCAUGCGCAGCUUCUGGGAAGGGCGUGCGGACUACCGGGAGGCGGUGGAAUUCGAUGAGCCUUACUGGGAGUCUUUGACCGCAGAGUCAUCGUUCUUAUUGCGGUCUUUCAAUGACUUCUGUCGGGUAGAGAACGAGGGCAAGUAUGACAACCUUGCAGACGAGAAAAUGCCCGAGGUCACGGCGCUCGCCUACUUCCUGUCGAAAUACAUGACCGAACUUUUGCAGCGAAAGAGGGUCUCUAAAGAUACGGGAGAUGCGAACGACGAGGACGCCGUGGAGCACGAAUUCAUUGUCGAGCAAUUGCUGCAUAUUGCCCUGACCCUGGACUACAGCGAUGAAGUCGGCCGACGGAAGAUGUUCUCUCUCCUGCGGGAAUCACUGGCCGUGCCGGAACUCCCGGAGGAAUGCACCAAACUUGCCAUUGAGACGCUUCGUUGCGUGUGUGGCCCUGACCUCUCCGGCGAGAGUGAAUUCUGCAGUGUUGUGCUGGAAGCCAUUGCAGAUGUGCAUGAUACCAUUACCACCGAGGACAGCUUUGUGUCCGCCAGAUCAGAGAUUAGCGACGAUACUAGCCGCCAUCGCUCGGAGACCCCCGGGAAUGAAGACGACGUUCCCUUUAACAAGGAAGAGGCCAAGGCGAAGGUCGUUCGCGAGAUUGUCGUCAAUAUGAAAUGUCUGCAUAUUGCUCAGUGUAUGCUUCAAAAUGUCGAGGGCAAUCUGCAACAAAACAUCAAUUUGGUUACCAUGCUCAACAACCUCGUUGUCCCCGCGGUUCGUAGUCACGAGGCUCCGAUCCGCGAGCGUGGUCUGUUGUGCCUGGGCCUCUGCUGUAUGCUCGAUAAGACACUGGCAGAAGAGAAUAUGACACUCUUCAUUCAUUGUUAUAGCAAGGGCCACGAAGGGUUGCAAGUAACCGCGCUGCAGAUUCUCUGCGAUAUGGUGACAACGCACCCUUCGCUGCUUGCCCCAGUAACCCAGGCCGAUGGCGAGACAGUCACGCCACCUGCGGUCCAGAAGCCUUUGCUCAAGGUCUUUGCACGAUCUCUCAAGGCCAACUCCCCAGCUAGUGUGCAGUCGGGCGCGGCCACAGCGUUGUCCAAGCUCUUGCUCACCGGCACCUUCACUCCGUCUGGUCCCAACGUUCCGCCCGCCAUCCAAGAGCUGAACCAGACCGCGGUGGAGACGCUCUUACAGUCGCUUGUUGUGGCCUUCUUCCAUCCCCGCACAAAGGAAAUUCCAGCUCUCCGACAGUCACUGGCCUACUUCUUCCCGGUUUAUUGUCACUCCCGCAUGGACAAUAUUCAGCACAUGCGACGAAUAGCCGUGCCCGUGAUCCGCGCUGUCCUCAACGCUGCAGAGGAGCAUUACUCCCUUGAGGCCGAAGAGGACAGCGAUGGGGAAAUUGAUGAGAGUCUCGGCGAACGUGAGGUCAAGGCACUUAUGACGGGUGUUGUGGGAAUGCUGGCCGAAUGGACCGAUGAACGCCGAGUGGUUGGACUCGGUGGGGAGCGUGUCCUGGCUGGUGGAGCUCCGAACUCGACUGCGUGCGGCUGGGUACAUCUGGCGCUGGUCAGGGACAUCCUGGAGCGCGUACUGGGUGUCAGUGCCGGCAGCAACCGCUGCUCCAAGGACGAACGCAAGCUGCUUCUCUCUCUAUUGAGCAAGCUCUACAUCGCCGCACCUACAGCUCCUCCCUCCAGGUCUGACCGUGCCAGCUCCCGUGCUCUCGAUGGCGAGGACCAAUUCCGCACGAGCAUCCGCAGCUCCAAUGGCGUCGAGGUCGACCCUGAGCAUGCGGAGCUGGCGCAGGAGGUCAAGGAACUGCUCGACCAAACCAUUGAUGAAGGCCUCGCCGCCGACGCUGCCGGCCGGAACGCCCUGACGAAGACUAAGAACGUCAUCCUCAAGAUCCUGGCUGUCGCACAAGAUGCACGUGCCGCCAGCGCCCGCCCCCGUGAAGGCACCGAGGAUGCAGAGAGCGACGCCGGCAGUGUUCGUUCUGCCAGUGUGCGCCGCUCCCUGGAACCGACCGGAGCUACUGGCCGCCGCCACGUUUCGGUCGAGCCCAGUAUCAUGGAGGAGGAUGAGGAGGGCGAGGAUGACAGCAGCCGGGUGCGUCCCCGAACCGCUCCUCGGGGCCUUGUCUCGGUUGAGCCCAGUAUCAUGGAGGAAGAUGAGGAUGACCAUGACACCAGCCGGGGCACGGUGAUCAAGGAUGAGGUUCUUGACGAGUAA